AUGUCGGUCACGUUAGUUUCAAGAGGUGUUUCCAGUGGUCUUCGUCGUUCCAAAAAUCGAUUAAGUUCCGUUGGUUGGAAUUUUGACAAACUUCUUGGUUCGCUGAUCGCCAGUUUUCGUGCCACUCGCCAGGACACCACCGACUGCUUGGACACCCUCUAUAAGUGCGUCCCCGGUAAAUAUGGCUUGGUGGCCGAGAACUUCACCGAGUACCAGAAGAAGCGCAGAAACUCGGCCACGUUCCGCUCGCUGUCCGAUCCUUUCAAUAUUCGGCGUUUCAACUUUCUGAAGAUCAGCCAUAGUGACAUCCUCAUGCGGUUGACGAACGAAAGCAGCGAAAGCGACUCCGUCUCACGCAGCCUCAUCAUCAAGUCCGGCAACACCAAGCGCCUUCAGGCCGUCCUCGUGCCUCACGUCGACAAGUGUUGGCCUCAGGCACUGAACGAGAAAGCCCUGAAUCUGGCCGUCGAGACGCUGCUGCUCAGCAGUUCCAGACAGUUUUUCGUUACCUUCAAUUCGCCCUUGGCCUACUGUUCGGUGAACCACUUACAUUUUGGCCUGUGCUAUAUUCCUUACGUCAGCAAGUUAAUCUCUUCGCCUCUUCGGCAUGCCUUCGCAGACGUCUUCGUCUUGGAAAACUGGAUUCUACCAGGAUUUGUGGUUCAACUCCGAAACAGAGACCUGACUUCACUUGUAAAAAACUUGCUGAAAAUAACCAGAUACCUCACGACAUCAGAGACGCCUCAUAACCUUGUGCUAUGCCGUGCUCCGCCGUUGCCCGAUCACACUGGCGGUGACAACACUCCCAGCGCCACCGGCGUCUUGUCGGUGACGGCGUACGUGUUUCCAAGGAACCCGGUAUCGCCUCGGUCGCCGUUAACCAAAAUUCGUACUGCAGCGAUGGAUAUAUGUGGCCUUAUAGCGGUUUACUCUUCCCCGCUAUUCCAGGAUUUAAGCGAAGCGAAGCUCAUUCGUUGCUUCAUAGACUUGGCUUAUUUACCGGACGGUGUUUUUGAUAAAAUACUCAAAGGAUUGAAGUCUGAAUUCGAAACCGACAAGUGA